ACAAAAAAGGCAUGUAUGUAAAGACAGAAGCACAUAUAUAUAAGAAACCCACAAGUCCACUUCUCUAAGAAGAUUUGUUCAGGCACACGCUAAAACACACAAACAAAAAUAACCCUUCGAGAACAUAUAAAUUUAAUAUUUAUAUAAAAAAGAAAAAAAGAAUGGAUCUUGAUUUAAUACAAGAUCUGCCCAUCUUGAAUUUCCCACCAGCCAUCAAGAUCCGAACCAACACCAACAGAGAUGAUGACGGCGGCGGCUGCACCACUCCUACUUCUUCCGACCACAAGAUUCCUCCCACCACAGCCACCACUCCUCCUCCGCCGCCGCAGAAACCCCGUCCACCUUCUACACCGUCGUCUCUCGGCAUCAGAUCUUGCAAGAGGAAGCUUAUGACGUCAUUAUCCAAGUCGUAUGAGAUCAUCGUCAACAAAGAUGAGAUCGAGCGGUUCUUCUCCUCCGUUUACAACCAGACGACGACGUCAUCCACCACCACCACCACCACGGCCAUCACGGUGGCCAAGCGGCGGAGAAGUUUCCGUUCUUGUUCACGAAGAUGAUCAAUAAUUGGAAGUUUCAUUAAAGGUUCCAUAAUUUCGAAUAGCUUUUUCGAUUUUUAUUUAUUUUAUGUAAUGUUUUUAUCAACUUUACACGUCGACCCACUCUAUAAAUAUACAUGUGCGAUCGAUCGAUGGAAUCUUUUUUUCUUUAGUAAAUUUUGCUAGCUGUUUUGAUAACGAAUGAACAAUUUCACUAGUUUUAUUGA